CGCACACGUCAAACUACCCCACGGACCAGUACCUGCCCCGCACCCCGGCGCAAUCGUCCACCCCGCGUCGUCUCCGGCCGACGCCUCCGCCGCCGGAACCCUACACCCCGCCCGACAUGGCGGAUCCGCCGUCCGCGGCCGCCACCGCCUCGCCGCAGCCCGAUCAGCUCGCCGCCGCCGCCGCCUCCACCCCGCAAAACCCCAACCCUAACCCCCUCCUCUCUCCCCAAAUCCCCCCGUCGCCCAACGUCUCCGACCUCUCGUCCCCGCAGCUCGACCCGGCCGCCACCGGAGCCGGGGCCAUGGAUUACCCCCCGCGUCCGCCGCAGAUGCAGGCUGCUUCGCCCGGUCAGGCGGCGGCCGGGCCCGGAGGCUUCAGUCAGAUCCACCGCUCCGGCUCGGCCUCCCGCCUGGCUGCUGUCGGCCAGCUUCCACAGUACGCUGCGGCGGCCGCCAGGAUGUACGGCAGUCAGAUGAACUUCUCGGGUGGUGGAGGACAGGUGGGGCAGCAGCAGCAGCAGCAACAGCAGCUGGCAGCUCGCGCGGCCAUGCUUAGCCAGGGCCAGCUGGGGAUUCUGCAAGCGCAGGGGAACGCAGCAUCUGCGGCGCACUAUGGACUCCAGUCACAGAUGAUGGCGCAGCCAAGGCAAAAGGGCAUAGUGCAAGGUGCACAAUUUGGUACUCCCAAUGGGGCUCAAGUGUUACAUGGUAUGCAGUCCAUGGGAGUCAAUUUGGGUAUGAAUCAGAUCAGACCAAAUGGAACUAUUCCGUAUAAUGCUCAACAACGUUUUGCUCAUGCACAAGCACAAAUAAGGCCACAGCAAACAUCACAGCAAGGCACACUAUCUCCACAGGUUGCGGGUCAAGGCUUGACAAGAACAGCCUCAAUUGCUGCAUUAAAUUCACAAUUACCUGGGUCAUCGACAAACGGGCCAAUGGUGCAAAUGUCUCAGAAACAGCAUCAGGCAGCAUGGCUAAAACAAAUGCAAUCAUUGCCAUCACCUGUUUCUCCCCAACAAUUUCACAAUCAGCAAAGGUUGCUAUUAAUACAUCAACUUCAGCAGUCAGGAUUGAGUCAACAACAGAUCGCACAAACUCAACAGCAGCAUCCGCAUCUCAAUACCCAGAUGUUACAGCAGCAGCACAUUUUACAACAACUUCAGCAACAACAAUCUCCAAGGAUAUCAGCAUCUGGUUCCCAGAAGUCCAUGAACCUGACAGGAUCACAGCCAGGCACUCCUAUGUCAGGUGGAACUAUGACUGGAGGAAGUGCAAGUCAAGGAGCAGAAGGAACCAACCAACUUCUUGGGAAGAGAAAAAUACAAGACUUGGUUACACAGGUAGAUCCCCUGGGAAAGGUUGAUCCAGAAGUGGAAGACUUGCUUUUGGAGAUUGCUGAUGACUUCAUUGAUUCGGUGACUGCAUUUGCAUGUACCCUUGCAAAGCAUCGGAAAUCAUCAGUCCUGGAAGCCAAGGAUGUAUUGCUGCACCUAGAGAAAAAUUGGAAUUUAUCUGUUCCUGGUUACUUGAGGGAGGAUAAGAAUCCGCAAAGACAUUCUGUGAAGGCCACAACAGUUGACCCUCCGCAACCAGAAUGUGAAUCAGCUGGUAUUAGAAGCACAGGCAAUAAACUGAUAAUUAACAAUUCAGUUGGCAACCAUCAAACAAGAGCCCCAGUCACUGAGCCUUCACCAAUGUCCACAAUGGGGCCUCUGUCAAAAGUGCCCCGUUUCUAAGUAUCAUGCCUCAUCAGUGAAAGGAAAAUGGAAAAUCCAUUGCAGGUUCUAGGACAUUUCAUACAGCGUGGCAUUAGUAUCUAACUUGAGGAUUGCUAGCAAAUGGAAGCACAAUAAAUGUAUGAGCAUCUACGGGCAAAAGAUGGAUGCUCGUGUUCUUUAAAGGAAAGAAUUUGCUGACUGACAGAUUGUUCGCGACAGCCUCAUCCAGGAGCUCAUGUGUAACCUUAUUAGUAGUAUUCGUUGAUCGCUGUAGCUGACCCCCUCGUUGUACAUAAAUGAUUUUUUUGCGAACGGGGCAGCAUUUUUCGUUUUUGUUGUUCCUAUAUAGUUUAGAACCCAUAUUGUGGUAUCGUGUUGCUGCUACAACUCAUAAUUUAAUUAUCUAAAUGAUAAAAAGAAAA